UGUUCGAAUCUCUGUUACAAUAGUGUACGUAAACUAACGCCGUCAUAAAAACCUCGAUUACUGUUUCGGAUUCUUCAUCGUUUUUUGAUUCAGUUUCCCUCCAUCUUCUGAGAAGAUUCUUCUCGAUACUCGAUUCUGGAGAAUCUCUCUGCUUUUGCUUGCCUUGUUUAACACUGGGAGAUGAAGAAGCUUUUCUUUUUCAAAUCGUCAUCUGGUAAUGGCAAUGAUAAAAAAACUCGCCGGGGAAAAGAAACAGAAGCUACUCCAAAGGGUGGUGGUGCCAUAAAGUCUCAGAGUGGUCAGGCUCUUAGAAGAAGUCAUUCGUUUUCUUCCGCAGCUUUUCUCGUUGAUGGAACUUCCUCAAAUGAUCCAAUCGCUACAAGACAGCGAAACCAAUCAUCUCGUUUCAGAUUUUUUACACCGGAGAGCCAAAGCAAGAAAGCAGAACAAACUCACAAGUACAAAGUACAUGAUUCAUCUGGAACUUUAUCAACUUGUUCUAGUAACGUCUCAAGCCAAGUCUUGGACCGUUUCAUAGAUGGAGAAGAGCAUCAUCAUCAUCUUCUUCAUCAUCACAGUAAGCAAAAGAGCGGUUCUUCUUCGCUAAGCAACCACUCCUCAGGUAGUAGCAACAACAUCCUCAAAGGAAGGAAGCUUCCUCCUCGAGUUCAAAUCAAUUCACCAACAACGAUAUCAGACAUUGUCAAAGAGAGACGACACUCCGACAACAACAACAACAAUCGUAUGAACAACGAUGCAGCAUCAGCUCGUUCGCUCGCGAGAAGCGUCAUGGAAAGACUCUCUCACACUCGCACCCACACUCACACUCACGGCAAGUCUAAGUCGAAGGCCUUGAGUUACGGCUCGCAUGAGUUGGAUGUUUUCGCCAAUCUUCUCCCACUUGCUGAACACAUAAAUAAUGGUUAUUAUUACAAGGAUGACCACGUGGAGGAGGAAGAGCAAGAGGUGUUCUCGCACGGUAAGAACAGUACUGAGCUAGAGAAGAAGUAUAAAGAAGCUGAGAAGAGAGUGAAGCUGCUUUCUCAAGAACUAAACGAGCAGAAGUGUUGUGACUUUGACGAUGUUAGACAAAUCGAAGAGGAGAGGGUAGGCCUAGCUUUCGAAGUCUUGAGCCUCUUGAGGUCACAGAUAGACGAGAGAGCUUCUUCCAAGGAAGAGAUCAAACGCCUAAAGACAGACUCGGAGCUUCAUAUAAAGAGACUAGAGAAAGAGAAGAGCGAGUUAGAGUUCGGUCUUGAGAAAGAACUCGAUAGGAGGUCGAUAGAGUGGAGUUCAAAGCUAGAGAACUUUCAAACGGAGGAGAAGAGGCUGAGAGAGCGGGUCAGGGAGCUAGCCGAGCACAACGUCUCGCUCCAGAGAGAAGUAGCGACGUUUCACGAGAAGGAAACCGAGCGGAUGGAUAUGCUGAGAGAGAUGGAGGAGAAGGUCACCGAGCUGAGCGAGACAGCAGAGGAGACGCGUCGAGAGAAUGUUUAUCUUGUCCAAAACCUCUCCGAGUUGCAAGAGAGUUACGGCGAAGCGACGGGAGAUCUUGAUUGCGUGAGGAGAAUGUUCGAAGAGAAAGACAAGGAGUGUAAGGAGCUGCACAAGUCUGUGACGAGGCUUCUAAGAACAUGCAGAGAGCAGGAGAAGACUAUUCAGGGACUCAGAGAUGGUUUCACCAAGCCAGAACAGAUAAGGUUGUCAGGGGUUGAGUUCUCGCUUAGAAAAGAGCUGGAAUUGAUGAAGCUCGAAGCUGAGACUCUUCGUAUAGAGAACACUUGUUUGCGGAGUCGAGUGAAAGGCCAAGAGGGUGACGACGACGCUAUGGCGACCUUGAAGCUAGAUAAUGAGAUGAAGAUGCGUGUGUGCCUCUUGCAAGACCAAGGAGUCUCGAUGUUGAAUGAGAGCAUGCAGGUAUGUUACAAGCUCUUGAAGUUCAUCAGAGAGAGCUUAGCUCAAGACACGCAUAGCGGAUUGAGUGAACAGUUUCUGAUUGAAUCUGAGAUGAAUGUCCAUGGAGUAAGGCGUGGAACUGAAAACCUGAAGAGGAGUUUGCAGACAGUCACCAGCUUACUUCUUGAGAAGUCCAAUGAGAAUAUUGCAUCAAACUCAGAAUCACCUGCUAGGCCUAGUGAGCCAAUCAACCAAUCUGUGGAGAAGUUCCUCAAAGCUGAACUGAGAGCAGAGAGUCUAAUCACAAGUUUGUUAAGAGAGAAACUGUACUCCAUGGAACAAGAGAUCGAGCAGCUUCACGCAGAAGUAGCUACAGGAGUACGUGGUAACGAAGUUCUAAGACGUGAAAUCCAAAACGUCUUAGACAACCUUUCAGUAAACAGCCACCAAUUAAAAGACCUCAAGCUUCAGAUGGUGAAGAAGGACGAGAACGUGAACAGGCUUGAAACCAAUCUCCAAGAAGCUGCGAAACAGUUGUCCAGCAUGAAAGUUACGUUACCAAGAGUGGUGGAGGAAAGAGAGGAGAUGUGUAAGGAAGUGAACGAGUGCAGAAAGAGAAACAUGGAGUUGGAGUCGGAUAAGGAAACGCUGAAGAAGGAGGUUGAGAGGUUGGAAGAGGAGACGCUUUACAAGGAAGGUCAGAUCACGAUACUAAAGGAUACACUUGGAAGCAAGCAUUUCGAUCUUCUCUCGGGUACUACUGACUUCUCAUAUAACGAUUUCUUAGUCCAAUAAAGACUAUAGAAUAAAUAUGUACAGGGCGUAUGCUUCUCUCAUGCUCUUGUUUCGGUCUUUAGGGGUUGUUUAGGUUUGAUAGAUGAUUGUUCUUUUAGAUUGUUUUUUUUUUCUCAAAGUUUUUGAUUUGUAUUUCGAGGGCUUAAUAAAAUUUAACAUUUGUGGAC